GCGUAUAGGUCGUCCCGGAUUCGUCCGUCACUCCGUCAUCGUCACUCACUACUUUGGUGGAUUGGUGAUGCGUUUGUUGUUUUUGUUGUUGUUAUAUCACUGUACACAACUAAACAUCGCGUCGCAGGAUAUACCGAUAGUGCCGAGCCUGUAGUUUACUUUAAUUAUCAUCGACGGAUCAAACUAAAGUAAUAAAGUGUAGAUGUAUACCUGUACCUACGGUGUGCCGGCCUAUAUAUUCAUUGUACACAGUACAUAUAGUAAUAGGGCAUCGUGCAGCAAUAAUAUAGUACACGGUGCGCGAGCAGUGUAAAUAUAUUACUUACCUUGGUUUCUGCUCUUGUUUUUUGGUGCAAAUUCACGCAACACGCAUCAUUAGACUUCAGUCUGCACUCAGUGACAAACCUUUUAACAGCCUUUUAAUUCGCAACUAUACCUUACUUAAUAGUGUUCAUGUAAAAUGACAUGUGAUUUCUGAUUUGACGUGUACCUACUCGUAGUAAGUACGUGUGAAUUUGUGGUGUUAUGUUUCCAGUGGAGCUGUAAGCAUUUAAAAGUGUAAGAGUACACAGGUGAUUUAAAAUCUCCACGGCCCUGCGCGCCUUCUUUCUCUUCCUCUUUUCCUUUCCAUUUUGUCAUAAAACCCGUGUACCUAUUCGUAGCUGUACAACCAAUAUAACAAAAGCUGAACAACAUCUGUCAGGAUUGGAUUGUACUUAAUCACUUUUUGGUUCUCCGCGACUUUAGCGGAGGAAAGUGCAAAUUUUCGGGAGACACCGCAGCAGUAGCCAACAACUGAACAACGAAACGUAAUUCUCGUCAGCGUCGUCAUAUAUACCUACUCGUCAUCCAAUCGAAUAGCGGAUCAAUCGCUGUGUAAAAAAAUAUACAUCUAUACUAAUAACAACACCUCUAAUUUCCGAUUGAGCCUACUUAUCCUUUUUUCUCCUUCCGUCUUUGAUCCCCCCUUGAGCCCGUCUUUCGCUCCCCCAUAGCUAUUAGGUACACCUAUAUACCUAUUCUCUCCGUUUCGCAUCAUCUCUCUUUUAUAUAUUAUCGCCUCCUCUCUUUUGCUCUGUCUAUCUGUCUGGCUCGCUCUCACUCCGAUCCUCCGAUGACCUGCUCCAGAGAGAGUUUUUGAGACCCGAGAAACAAAACCGCAAGUGCCUCUAAAGCCUCGUCGUUCAUUUAAAUGAAAUCAUGCCUCUGUUUGGGAAAUCUCAAAAGAGCCCAGCAGAGGUGGUGAAAGCUCUGAAAGAAGCAGUCAAUGCAUUGGAGCGUGGUGAUAAAAAAGUCGAAAAAGCUCAAGAAGAUGUGAGCAAAAACUUGGUACACAUUAAAAAUAUGCUAUACGGAACUGCCGAAUCGGAACCUCAGGCCGACAUCGUUGUUGCUCAAUUAGCGCAAGAACUCUACAACAGUAAUCUUUUACUCCUUCUUGUUCAGAAUCUUAGUCGAAUAGAUUUCGAGGGUAAAAAAGAUGUUGCUCAAGUAUUCAAUAAUAUUUUAAGAAGACAAAUAGGUACAAGGUCUCCUACAGUAGAAUAUAUUUGUACUAAGCCAGAAAUUUUGUUUACUCUAAUGUCAGGAUAUGAACAUCAAGAUAUUGCAUUAAACUGUGGUACAAUGUUACGAGAAUGUGCGCGGUACGAAGCAUUAGCGAAAAUCAUGAUUUAUUCAGACGAUUUUUACAAUUUCUUUAGAUAUGUCGAAGUUUCCACGUUUGAUAUAGCUUCAGAUGCCUUUUCUACGUUUAAGGAACUUCUAACUAGGCAUAAAAUUUUAAGUGCUGAAUUUUUGGAAGUCAAUUAUGAUAAAGUUUUCUCUCACUAUCAGAGGUUACUAAAUUCAGAAAAUUAUGUCACACGUAGACAAAGUUUAAAAUUAUUAGGAGAACUUUUGCUAGACCGACACAAUUUUACUGUCAUGACAAGAUAUAUCUCAAACCCAGACAAUUUAAAAUUAAUGAUGAACAUGCUGAAAGAAAAGUCUCGCAACAUACAGUUUGAGGCCUUCCACGUUUUCAAGGUGUUCGUGGCAAACCCAAAUAAACCUAAGCCCAUUCUAGAUAUUUUACUACGAAAUCAAGAAAAAUUAAUAGAGUUCCUUACACGCUUCCACACAGAUCGUUCAGAAGACGAACAAUUUAAUGACGAAAAAGCUUAUCUAAUCAAGCAGAUCAAAGAGCUUAAGCCUGUACAUGAAAAUUAAGUUGGUACUUUUUUUACACUGUUUUUCAGUAGUUGUGUAAAUAAAAUUUGCAUUCACGAUUAUUAUAAUAUUUAGCCUUUUCGACGUUUUAAUACUCUGCCAUCUUCCAUCGAUAAUUUAAUUUCGAGAUUUCAUUACCGCAGGUACAAGGAAAUAGCCUAAAUUUUUUUUUCUCAAAUAUUCUUGAUUGUUGUUUUUAAAAUUAUUUAUUGCAGAAAAAAAUAUAACGUGCCUACGCAUUUUACGAGCCUACUCUGUUACACCACGUAAUCAUGCAAUUGUUGUAUUUUUAUUGAAAUACUUUUAAUUGUACUAUAUUCUUUCGCUUAUUGGCUGUAAUUUUAAGAAUGAAAUAUCCCAAUGGUGGCGAUGAUAUAGUGAAAGACAUUUUGCUAAAAUUAGAAAAA